AUGUCAGCCGCUGCUCCACAAGCUCGUCCAGCUCCACAGGCUAACAAUGACGCUACCGCUUCUCCCGUAAGUUUUCUUUUUAAAAUUUAAAACAAUUAAUUCAAAAUUCAGCUUAAAAUAUUUUUUAACUUGCCAUAACCACCUCCACCCCAGCAUAAAACUUAUCAUACCACCUCCACCCCAGCCCAGAACACAUUCCAGUCCAGCCUCGUAGAUUCAUAAUUUUCCGCUCACUUAAGCCCUCAAACUUUUUUCGCAAAUUUUUUCGAAAAUGGCCAACAAAAGGGCAUCAGAUGUUAAUCGGCUUUGGUUGGGCCUGAAAACGCGGCGGGGUAUUCCGUUGACCCGCCCUGCAUCCCUAAGUUUGUUAUAGACGUUUCGGCCCCAAACUUUUACUUUGUUGUUGUUGACGAUUGUUUUUGAGCGAUUUGCGGCCUUCUGAAGGCGGUUGAUUAUAUUUUACUGCUUUUUGAAGGGGGUUAACUAUAUAAAUCCUUUGGAAGAUAGCUAUCUAUAUCCUACCAUUUUUCGAAGAGGGUUGACUGUAUUUUAAAGACUUCUGAAGGGAAGGCUACAGAUUCUACAGCUUUUCUAAAUUCUAAAGGAGUGAACUAUAUUUUAUUGUUGUGUGAAGAGCUUGAAGUAGUUUACAUCUGUUUGAAAAGUUAAUAUGGCCAUUAAAGAUUAUUGUGAGAAGUUUUUGGGGUCCAGCAAAGUAAGGAGAUAGGCUUUGUUUUUGACUUUUUUAGGUGGUAGUAUGACUUUUAUUGUUAGUUUUUGCAAUUUUUAAUUUAAAAAUCAAAUUUUUUUCAAAAUAGUCAACUUUUAGGUAACAAACUUUCUAUUCCAAACAAAAAAACUCGAAAAUAACAAUUUUUAGUCAAAAAUCAAUGUUUUCACAGAUUUUUUUACAAAAAUUUUGUCUUUUUUGUCAAUUUUUCAAACUUUGUUGUUUUCACUUACAAUUUCAUGAGCCUCGUAGGGAAUGAUAAAUAUCGGUGUACAUCAAUCUUGCCGAAACCUCAGGAAAAGAUUCGGGGUUUUUGUGGCUCCGCAGGGGAUUCGGAGUCUUGUUUUUGGCCUUUCUCCAAGAAUCUGAAGCCAAAGUAAUUGAAGCAAAUUGAACAAGGGUUUUAUGGUCUUGCUUUGCAACAAGUUUUCUUGUCACUUCCUUAUUAAAACAAGUUCAAAGUGUGUAUUUGAACUUGUUUUUAGGCUGUAAAAGUUUUAUUUUUCAAAUUUUUAAAAUUUUCCACAUUUUAAAAUUUGAAAAAUGAAUUGAAAUCGAUGUUAAAACUUAAAAACAUGUUUUAAACAAUUCCAAAAUAUAAAACUAUAGCUCAAAUGUGAUAGAAAAGACAUUCAAAUCAUUCAGAAAGAUGUCUUAAUUUCCUCCGCUUCAGAAUGCUUAAGGAAAUGCACUGUAACAUGACUCAGGCUUCGUUUAAAGCUGCUUAAUUAAGAAUGCGCGGGUUUUAAAGGGCAAAAAAGGGAAUUUAAAGCAAAUCCUUGUUAAUCUGGCCGACUGAAACGAGAUGAGACAUAAAAACUAUGUUAUAACGAACAAUAUGGCAAAACAGCAUGCUUUACGAUAAUAUACGAUUCAAAGUAAAAAUGAUUGUAUAUGGCUUUUUAUAAGGAAUAUGGUUAAUGUCAGAGUGCUCAAGUAAUUCUGCGUCUUUUUCAAACAAAAAUUUUAAAGUUAGGGGCACAGGAAUAUAUGAACAACCUAAUACAAUCAAAAUUUACAAAAAAUAGAAGCAAUUUAAUAAAGGGCAAUAUUUAGUCUACUGUAACAUAGGUAAAUAAAAAAUUUUCUUGAAUUUUUUUUUAAUUUUAAGAAGUAUUUCAUUUUUCAGCGCCGCUGUGCCCCCAAAGUGAACACCCAAGAGCGUUUGUUCGGCCCCACUAACACAACUCCAAAGAAGGAGAAGAAGGUCAGUGACACUUUCAAAUCGACCAUCUUCACCGAAGCUCCACCAACUUCGCCAGCUCGCACUCCAAAGAAGCAGGUCCCGGUUUUGAGUAAGUUAUCUCUAGUUUUGUCAUAUAGUUACAGUACAUUAGGGUGUUAAAAAGUUUUGUCGUUUUUUACCUUACCGAAUAAUAUAAAUUGAUGACAAAAUUUUUUUUACACUUAUUAUACAGUAAUUUUUCGAAAAUUUUCAAAAAAUAUCAAAUUACAGUUCCUUUUUUACAUGGAAACAAAGUUUUUGCCAAAACUGCCAUAAUUUUUAAAUUUAAAAUUUCAGCCCGGAACCCAAUUACCGGCGAAGUAAAAGUGCCGGCCAAAGUGGCAAUGUAA